CAGCUAGCGUUCGAAAAUAUAUAUUACAAACAUGUCAGCGCCCAUGACAAAUUCGACUUGGACUUGGUCUUAGCGUUAAACUUAACCACUGCAACCAACCAGGACAGACAGGGAUCUUAAUUUGAACCAGCUGUCUUUUUCUACAUCUAUGCCCUAACAAGCACCAAUGGCCAGUACUGACCAGAAAGAUGAUGCAAGCACCUCAGCAGCAGGAGUUACCGCAGUGACCACUGGACCAACUGUUGCCAGCCAGAUCCCUUUUGGAGAGAUCUGUGGAUUCCUUGAGAAAGUCCAGAAGAAGAAGGGGAGCGAUGCGAAAAAGAAUCUCUUCAAGGAUUUCUUGGGAAAAUGGAGGGCUUUCCACAAGCAGCUGCAUGCUAAGAACCCCAAAACAACAGAUAAUUUUUAUCCGGCUAUGAGACUGCUGCUGCCCCAACUUGAGAGAGAGAGAAUGGCUUAUGGAAUCAAAGAGCACACCCUAGCUAAACUCUACAUCGACAUCCUUGGUUUAGCCAAGGAAAGCACUGAUGCCCGGAAGCUUCUGAACUACAGAGCUCCAACAGCAAAACAGGAAGCUGGAGACUUUGCCAGUGUGGCUUUCUUUGUUCUGCGUAACAGGUGCCCAGAGAGAGGAAGUUUAACCAUCAAGGAUGUGAAUGAUAAUCUUGACUCAAUCGCCCUCAACAAUGCUACCAAGAAGAAAGACUUGGUCAAGCAAAGUUUGCUGACCUUACUGAGAAAAACAAGUGCAAUCGAACAGAAGUGGCUCAUACGCAUGAUCAUGAAGGAAAUGAAAGUUGGUCUUAGUCAGCAAUCUAUUCUUGGUACCUUUCAUCCGGAUGCUGAAGACUUCUUCAAUGUGACAAACAGUCUCGCAAAGGUUUGCAGUGACUUGUCUGACCCAAGUGUGAGACUGAAUGAGAUCGCUAUCAGUGUGUUCAGUCCUUUCAGCCCUAUGCUAGGUGAAAGGGCAAAAAUAACACAGGUUGAACGUAUAAUGGAACACAAGAGCUUUCUGAUUGAAACCAAACUAGAUGGUGAGAGAAUGCAGCUUCACAAAGAAGGAGAUAAAUACAUGUAUUUUUCAAGAAGAUCUCAUGAUUAUUCUGGGUCAUUUGGAAAGAGUCCAAUGGAGGGUAGCUUGACACCAUACAUUGCAAACUGUUUUAAGAGUAAUGUCCAUUCCUGUAUAUUGGAUGGUGAAAUGUGUGCAUACAAUGCAGAUACAAAAGCUUUCAUUUCAAAAGGCGAAAACUUUGAUAUCAAAAGCUUGCGUGAUGAUGAAGAUGUUCAGGUAUGUUAUGCUGUCUUUGAUGUUCUCCUUGUAAAUGACACCAAACUUGCCAACCGCCCUCUGAAGGAAAGACUCAGCUACCUACCAAAAGUAUUCACUGUAGUAGAAGGAAGAAUGGUCCUGGUAGAAAGGAGAGAUGCGGCUACAAAGGCUGAGGUUGUUGAGGCAUUGAAUGACGCUAUAGAUAGACGAGAAGAAGGAAUUGUUGUCAAACAUCCGGAAUCAACCUAUCGGCCGGAUAAGAGGAAAGGCAGUGGAUGGUUGAAGAUCAAACCCGAGUAUGUGGACAAUCUGAUGGAUGAGCUAGACUUACUGGUAGUAGGAGGCUACUUCGGCAAAGGGUUUCGGGCCCAGCUCAUCUCUCACUUCCUGUGUGCAGUAGCCGUUCCUCCAAGCAGAGAAGGAGACCACCCAAAGAUUUUUUACUCAUUUUGCAAGGUUGGAUCAGGUUACACCUUACAGGAGCUCUAUGAAUUCAACCAGAAACUUGCCAAACACUGGAAGAAAUAUGACAAAGAAAACCCACCUAGAUGGUUACAGUGCACAAGGGAAAAACCAGAACUUUAUGUGGAACCACAGAAUUCUUUCAUCGUUCAGAUCAAGGCUACUGAAAUCAACUCAUCAAAUGUGUAUAAGACAGGAUGUACCCUACGAUUCCCUCGUCUGGAGAAGGUUAGAGAUGAUAAGGAUUGGCAUCAGUGUAUGACCACAGAGGAGCUAGAGAACAUGAGACAGCAAGCAGAGGGCAAGUUGACAGGGAGAUAUGCUAAUGUAGAUGAUGAUGAGAUAGUAACAAGUAAGAGAAGAAAAGUUACAGCGAGAGUAGAACGACCUGUUGCUGUGCCUUCUAGAUUCAGAGCUGCAGACACCUCCAAUGUAAAGCAGACUUCUGAAAUGCUUGAUGGACGAGAGCUCUGCAUCAUGAACAGCCCUGCCAGCCACCCUAAGCAUGAGCUAGAGAAGAAAGUGGUUGAAUGUGGAGGUGUAGUGGUUCAAAACCCCGGUAUAGAUACAUACUGUGUGCUAGCUGACAAGGUCAACCUCAAGGUCAAAAACAUAUUCAGUGCCAAGAUCUAUGAUGUUGUAAAGACUACAUGGCUCAUUGAAUGUUUGGAUGCUGGUCAUUUGUUGCCAUGGUUACCAUCACAUAUGCUGUAUACGUCUGCAAAGAUGGCAGCCCAGUUUGCCUUGGAUUAUGACAGUCAUGGAGACAGCUAUACAGAGGAUGUCAGUGAAGAGAAACUCAAGGAGAUCUUUGCAACUGUGGGGAAGAAGAAGAGUGAGAAACCGAUGAGUGCUGAAGAGAUAGCUGAGAUAGAGAUGGACUACUUUCCUCAAGAUUCUCAUCUUGGUCUGUUUCGUCUAUGUCGUGUCUACAUGGAUUCAUGUCUUGUGAUCGGGGAAGAGGAUACUCACAUCAAAGAUUGCUCUCUAGACCUUAUAUCCUUGGAAAUGAGAUUCCAUGGCGCCACCAUGUGUCCUACACUAGACAGGCAUGUCACCCACAUCAUCGUUGACAAGAGUGACUUGAGCAGAGUGAGGGAGUUCCGUCAACGAGGUCAGCAGCGAGCCUUGAAGCAACAUGUAGUAACCUCAGACUGGGUCACGGAAUGCAUUCAGAAAGAAAAGCUGAUUAGUGAAAGACCUUAUGAAGCAGCGAUGUCUUGACCAGGCGUAGGAAAUACAUGAGGGUGACAGGCAAUUUCGCCCUCGUGAGAGCCCAAAUAGCCCCUAAAAUUCCCCCAAAAGCAUGCUUUGGGACAACCAUUCUUGACAUUGACAUCAGCAAGAUCAGCAGCAGGCCUUGAAACAACAUGCAGUAAAGUCAGACUUGGUCAGAGAAUGCAUUCAGAGAGAAAAGCUACUUGGUGAAAGGCCUUAUGAAGCAGCAAUGCCUUGACCAGUGUAGGAAAUACAGCGUAGGGCGACGGUCGAUUUCGCCCUCAUGAGAGCCCAAAUAGCCCCUGAAAUUCCCCUCCCCCCCACAGCAUGUUUUGGGGCAGUCAUUCUUUUUAGAAUCACCCCAAGAUCUGUAACAAACAAUAUUCAAGAUUAUGACAGAUUGAUAUG